AGCAGUUUUCAGCCCUAAGUUAGAGAAGGGCAGGAUGUGUAAGAGGGCCCGGCUAUCGCCGAGCUCAACGCCGUACCGACAGCUCCCGGCCGGCCGCCUGCGGGGCUGAAGAACGGCCCCUCACAAAGAGCAGCAACGCUACGGCCCAGCGCCGGCCGCUCCGCCGCCCUCCCUCGCGGUUUCGCGACCGUUGAAGCGGGGGAGGGUGACGCAGAUACCCACCCGCUAACCGGGACUGCGGCUCGCUGCCGGUUCCGUUAUUCCCCUCCGAACCCCCCCCCCUCACCUCUUAGCGGUUAAAGGGCUUCUGGAGCCCCGCCUGCAGGGCAGCGCCAAGCACACGCUGCAGCCCCUCCCCAGCACCAACCGUUGUGCCGCCGCCGUUGUUGUUAUUGUUGCUAUCGCCGCUGCCGUUCGCUAAGGCCCCGCCACCACCCCCUGCGCAACUCCGUCGGUUACUUCCGGAGAAAUUGCCUAUGGUCCCAGAGUCAGAAAGGUUUUCAUCUAUGACGAUGGCGGACUUUACAGGAGCACAUACGUGGUUACAAGAAGGACAUGAAUUAAGUUUGAGGAAACUAGUAGAGGGUUCAGAUUAUCAAGAGGAAUUGAAGUACGAUUUUAAUGUAAAAGGGGAACUGAGGCAUCUGGAUACAAAUGAAUCCUUUGUUUUCAAUUACUACAAAAACACCCAUGAGAAGAAUCAUGAACGCUAUCAAGUUUUGGGACAUAUGAUUACCCAGUAUGUUUAUGAGCUCCUGGAAAGAGUCUGUGCACUGCAGAAAGUUUAUAUUCCUUCUGAUGCUACUGAGGAUGAACCAAGAAGUUUCUUUUUUAUGAGUGAGAAAGCACUAACAAGUUCUUCUAGCAUAAUUGUCCUUCUUCAGGACCGUGGAGUUUUUCGUGCUGGCCAGUGGGGGCGAAAGACAAUCAUCAGCGAGGGCCUGUACCACGGAACACAAAUACCAUUCAUCAAAAUGGCCCUUCAAAGACAUGGGGGAGUGAUUGUACUGAAUCCCAAUGACAAUCUUGUUGACUUGAAGACUGAAAGGGAGAAGCUAAGCUUUUCUACCAGAGAAGAAUCACCAACUUCUUUGCAUUCCUGCCAGUCGAUCCCCAGGCAGUGCAACAGUAGCCCUGAGGAACAUACCAUGUAUGUAUGGGAUCAUUUCAUUUCUAAAAGUGCAGCCAAGAAUGUGGCUUUCAUUGCUCAUGGCUAUGGUGGUUUGGUGUUCACUGAUCUGCUCGUGCAGAGAAAAUGGGAAGUGAUGAAUAAAGUGUUCUCUGUGGCAUUCAUCGAUUCCAUGCACAAUAUACAGCAUCAGGCUAGAAAUGAUCCACAAAUACAAUGGUGGAUACAGAAACACUGCCGUGAAUGGGUAUCAAACAACAAGCCUCUAGGUAAAGCUGUGGGCUCCCUUGUCAAAGUGAAUUGUCCAACUGUCUCAGCUGGAACUGAAAAGUAUGCCUUAGCACCUUCCUACUGCUUGCAUUCCAUCUUUAAGUACCUGAACAGCACCCUGAAAGCCAAGACCACAACAGCCUUUACGCGUUCACCAAUUGCAACCCGAAGCAGCGAAAGUAAGAAAGCUGGUAAAUAAAGGUGUACUGACUUGGGUUUGAUAGUAAUCUAUUCUUUUCAUAGCCAUCCCUGCAGCAAAGAUCCUUCACUAUGGAGAGACUUAAGGUUCUAAGUUUGAAGACGCUUUGUUUUUGAGAAACACAAAAAUACAAGUUAACCAUGAGGGGAAAAAAAUGCCUUAUUGAAAGCUUUAGGUCAUAUCCCUUCAGCUAGCUGUGAAAUCUAAAGUUGCACAAAAUAAAGAUGUUAAUGUAUAUCAA